AUGUCAGAGGCCAGUUCCAGGAAGCUGAGGUUUAAGAAGGGUCGGAGUGCCACUUUCAGCAUCGAUGGCUUUAGCUUCACAAUUGUUGCUAAUGAGGACGGCGAGGGCAACAGUCGGCCCCUGGACCGAUUUGCCCGCUCGAAGUCGCAGAAUGCUUUGUGGAAUGCCAUUACAGCUGGGAUCGGGGUCAAGGACAAGGGGAGCGGGUCGAGGGUUGUCCCGGACGACCCGCAGACACUGGAGGAGAUCUUGGCUUGUGAGUUCCCCGACGGUCCAGAUGUCACCGAGAAGACGGCCAUCAGAUUACGGUGCCUGGUGAAACAGUUGGAGAGGGGAGAGGCAUCCCUGGUUGACCUCAAGAAAAACCUUGAGUAUGCAGCAUCUGUGCUUGAGUCUGUGUACAUUGAGGAGACAAGGCGGUUGGUGGACACCGAGGAUGAGCUCAGUGACAUCCAGUCGGACUCUGUGCCGUCGGAGGUGCGUGAUUGGCUGGCGUCCACCUUCACGCGUCAGAUGGGUCUGAUACUGCGGCGCACGGAGGAGAAGCCUCGCUUCAGGAGCAUUGUGCACGCCGUGCAGGCCGGCAUCUUUGUCGAGAGGAUGUACCGCCGCACCUCCAACAUGGUUGGGCUCAGCUACCCCCCGUCUGUCAUAGGUGUGCUCAAGAAUGUUGAUAGGUGGUCAUUUGACGUGUUUGCUCUGAAUGAGGCCAGUGCUGAUCAUUCACUCAAGUUCAUUUUCUAUGAGCUCCUCACCAGAUACGACCUCAUUAACCGCUUCAAGAUCCCCAUAUCGGCGCUGGUGUCGUUUGUUGAGGCGCUGGAGGUGGGCUACAGCAAACACAAGAACCCGUACCACAACCUCAUCCACGCCGCAGACGUCACGCAGACUGUCCACUGCCUGCUGCUCAAGACCGGCAUGGUGCACUGGCUGACUGAGCUGGAGAUUUUCGCCAUGCUCUUUGCUGCUGCUGUCCAUGACUAUGAGCACACAGGAACCACAAACAACUUCCACAUCCAGACAAGGUCUGACACGGCCAUGCUGUACAAUGACCGCUCUGUGCUGGAGAGUCACCACGUCAGUGCAGCAUAUCGCCUCCUUCAGGACGACGACGAGAUGAACAUCCUCUACAACCUGUCCAAGGAUGACUGGAGAGAGCUAAGGGCGCUGGUGGUGGAGAUGGUGCUGGCCACAGACAUGUCCUGUCACUUCCAGCAAGUCAAGGCCAUGAAGAACUUCCUGCCGCAGCCAGAGAGCAUUGACAAAUCCAAGGCCAUCUCUCUCCUCCUUCACACCGCUGACAUCAGUCACCCGGCUAAGAACUGGGAUCUGCACCAUCGCUGGACCACCUCUCUGUUAGAGGAGUUCUUCAGACAGGGCGAUAAGGAGGCGGACCUGGGCCUGCCCUUCUCCCCGCUGUGCGACCGCAAAUCAACCAUGGUGGCCCAGUCCCAGAUUGGGUUCAUUGACUUUAUCGUCGUGCCGACCUUCUCCGUUCUGACAGACAUGACGGAGAAGAUUGUCACGCCGCUCAUCGACGAAGCGGCACACUCCAGCCUCGCUGGCUUCAGACGCUCCAGUCUGAACAGUCUCACCUCUGUGGAUGCCAGGCACGACAGCAUCAACAGCACAGGCUCAGACGGCAGCUCGUCCAGCCACUGCCCCCUGCUGGCCGUCGACCCAAAGAACUUCAAGGCCAUGUGGAAUGAGGAGGUGUCUCAGAACAGGGAGCGCUGGAAGGCCCACGCAGCCAAAGAAACAGAGGAAAAGGCCAGACGUGAAGCAGAGGAGCAAGCCCAGCAGGAGACCACUGCGGCAAGUCAAGAGGGACAAACAGAACCCGACCAGCCAGAACCAAAGCAGCAGCAGGAGGAGAGCGAGGACAGGGAUGGCCCUGAGCCAGAACGUGCUGAGAGCCCAUUGGAUGAGUGUCCUGUCAGUGACACGGGGGAGGGUGCUGAGACAUUACAAAAUGGAGAGGUGUCAGAGGAAGCCAAAUCCCCAGCGAGCGAUGACAUCACGAAACAAGACGCUGAAUGAUGUGAGGGUGAGUGAAAGCAGAGAAAGAGGCCUCCAUGACCCUGUCCCAAACCACACUGCUGCAGAGGAACCUUCUCCUUAUCUAUAGCUCUAGUGUGCCGCCUGGUGGACAAUACUGACAUGUGUAUAUUAAAAUAAAUGUUUUUGUUUUUAAUUUCCAGUGGUACAUCACAGGCUUCUUCUUUUUUUUCCUCUUCCUCUUUUGAAGUGACAUACUGGUGGACAAGCCCAUGUGAUGACUUCAUGUCCAUAGCCUCUGUAUAUACUGUAAAUAUAAAUACAGUUCUGUUUUUGUGUGUGUUCCUUUCUUAAAGAGAAUAAGUAUGCUGAUUCAGGCUUUUGGGUGCAUCUCCUCCUUUGAUCUUGCCUUCAAUUUAGUGGCCUUUUCAUGUUUUUUUUUUUUCUUUUCUUUCUUUUUUGUUGUUGGUUUUAUUUUUGAGGGAUUAAAUACAAGGGACUGUUUACAUGCCUGCAUGUGUGUUCGUGGAUGCCUGUGUUUGUUUGUUUGUUUGUUUGUUUGUUUGUUUGUUUGUUUGUCUCUUUCUUUGCUUUGGUCAGUUUACCUGUGUAUGUGCAAACAUCCUUUUGAAUCAAAUCUUUCCUCCUCUUCCUCUCUUCUUUUCCUGUCUUCAUUUUGUAUUUAUUUGUUUCUUUCUAUGUGCUCAACCUGAGACAAGGUGCUUGUGCCCUGUGACGUCUUGUUGUGUGUUAUGUUUCUUUUAGUUCGGGUUGUUUAUUUGCCAUUUGUUACCUGAAGUGCAUAGCUCCUUACUGGCUAAGCGAUUCUCAGCAUGAGUUCACACUAGUAGAAGCAUGCAGUUAUAGUGUCUGUUAUGUGCUCAUUCCCAUUGAGAAUACAUUGAGCAGACAUGAAGAUUUAUUUUGUAUUAAUAUUUUCAUUUUGUAGUUAUUCAUUUUAGUCACACAUGGAUUUUCACCCUUUUCCAGUCCAGUAGUAAAUACUACAGAAAGAUGAUUGAUUGUUCCCGUGCAUCUGUUGAUAUGUAACUGUGACUCAUGAUGAAUGUGUUUUAUGGGUGACAGCAUUCCCUUUGAAAAUAUCAUUUUAGAGGUGAAAGUGCUUUUACUGGUUCGAUUGUGCUUUUUAGGCCCACUGUACAGCAUGCAAGGACGUUGCAUUCUAGUGAUAUCCUUUUUCUCAGUUGCCGGUGGCAGUGCAGUUGUGUUAUUUAUUUACAUUUUCUUCUGUCAGGUGGUGAGUGAGUAUAUAGCCAUGCAGAAUGUCACCAAUAGAUUGUAUCCUCCUAGUUUUCUCACUAAAUGAUGUUCUUUUAACCCAAUGUGUAACGAUGUGCUUCAACACAUCACCUCUAUAGAAGAGCUGUAACCAGUGUUAGACGACUAAACAGAAGCUGCUCUAUUGGUUGUAGCACUUUGCUUUGGACAGACGUUUACUUUGGCAUGUAUAGCUACUGAACAAAAAAGUAAUAAAUGGACUGUGUAUAUGUAUAAUUAUUGUAUAUUGAACAUCAGAGAUUUGGUUUCAGCUUUGAAAUGUCAAAGCUGUUUAAGAAAUGGCAGUAUUUUUCCCCAGACAUUUUAUCAAUUCACUUUGAGUGUAUUUCUGCCUCCUUCCCAGUUUGUCUCUAAAAUCGAUAAAACAAAGAAUAGAAAUACAAUGACCAAUGUUUAUAUAUAGACAAUCAUAUUGACGGUUGUAUAGGACUGCCAGAAACUUUACAGGUAGACUCAAGUCCAGAGGAAUCAGGAUGAAAGGCUUUUAAUGUGACACAUUUUCAGUCAAGAGAAACCAUAGCACUGUGCUUAAUAUCAUCUUUAGUAGCAACUACUCUUGCCUAAUGUUACUUUUACCUCCCGAGAAGAAAAAAGACAAGCAGCUUUUCCUACUUUUUCUGAAAUACCUUCAACAUGAUCCGAUGUUCUAUUUUUUCUAACCCCAAACAGAUCUAGGCUUGUAUAGUGAAUGUAAGAUGCUACUACUAUUACAUAUCAUGAUGCACCAAGGUUUUUUUUGUGUUCAUAUUUUAGGUUUUGUAUUGUAUUCAUAAAUGUAUGUAUGUGUUCUGAGUUGAUACCGAUGUAAAAUACGAGAUGUAUAGAAAAAUAUAUCUACACAUGUUGACAGUUUGGCCAGAUUUAAAUUUAAAAUUUUGUCAAUUUUAGCUCUUUUUAGCAACCUUAACCACACCUGUUUAAUGUUUACGGUCAUCUCUCAAAGGUUAUUAUUAGCAUUGUAAUCCCGUUUGCCUGUAGAACUUUGUCCAACCUCUCCAGACUCUGCAUAUUACUGUUAACCCUUACCAGUCAAUUACAUGUACCUGGGCUGUUGGUUUAGAGUAGACUCUGAAUGUCUGUUGUACAUAUGUGAUGUAACAUCCUAACAUCUGUUUGGUAAAGUGGCCAUGGUAACACUAAAGUUUAAAGAUUUUAACACAUUGAUAUCGGAACAGGCUAAAAGAUUUGGUUGCCUGGUCAUAUGUUACCAGCUAUCUCAUUUUUGUCACACAUUUGUGUUUGAUUUGAGUCUUUUUAAGAAACGUAUUGAUUCCCGGUGUCGCUCCAUUUCCCAAAAAAUCAUUAAUGUUUUUGUUUUAAUCUUUAAUUUGAUCCUAAUUUCCAUAAGCUGUUGUCAAAGUAAAAAUGGAAUUGUCUUCCAUGAAUUGUUACAUUAGCCAAAAUUUGAAUCAAGUGCCACAGAAAAUGAAGCGCUGUGGAACAUAGUAAAUCAAAAGGAGAGAUUACCAACCUCCUCAGUGUAACUAAUGUAGACCUAUACCAUUACAGAUGUUCUUGUAUCUCUGCAAUGUCUGUGCUUAAUAGAUUUUGUAAUGCUUGAUCUUUCAAAUUUGGCUGAAACAAACACAAGGAUAUACUUUCUUUUGAAAUGACUACUUUCGGUUUGUUGUCUGUUUUGUUGUGUUUUGGCGUCCGCAGGCUUUGUGUCUGAAGCAGUCCACAGCAGAAAUGUGUGCAUUCCCUUCAGCCAGCAUGUAGUAAGACUGUUUAUGCAGUUUCCUCUCCUCUCUCUGUUUGGCCUUGUUGGAAGUGACGUGUCGACACGCUAGUUUGCCUCCAUGCUUCGUGACUGCACAGCCGUAACAAUAAAGCUGAACUCAAAGGGCUCAAA